AUGAGGCAAUUCGUCAAAAUAUGGGCGUCACUCGCCGCACUAACUCUCUCGGCUGCUGUCCAUAGCCCAUCAACCGUCGAAGAUGACGACAACACAACACAGCUCCCACUAAUCAUCUGGCACGGACUAGGCGACGACUUUGAGCGCGACGGCAUGAAAGAAGUAGCCACACUAGCCGAAUCAGUCAAUCCAGGAACAUACGUGCACAUCAUCCGACUUGCAGACACAGGGAGUGGCGAUCGCCAAGCUACCUUCUUCGGCAACGUGACCGAGCAAAUCGAAAUCGUAUGCGAACAACUAGCCGCCGACCCAAUCCUCAGCUCUGCCCCCGCCGUAAACGCCCUCGGAUUCUCGCAAGGCGGACAAUUCCUGCGUGGCUAUAUCCAGCGCUGCAAUAACCCACCCGUCCGCAACCUGGUCACAUUCGGCAGCCAGCACAACGGGAUCUCCGAGUUCCAAUCCUGCUCGCUGGGCGACUGGCUAUGUAAGGGCGCAGAAGCGCUGCUACGAUCCGGUCGCUGGACGGACUUUGCGCAGUCGCACGUCGUACCAGCCCAGUACUUCCGCGAUCCAACCGAGCUAGACGCGUAUCUUGAGAAGAGCAAUUUUCUGGCUGACAUCAACAACGAACGCGAGUUGAAGAAUGUCAAGUAUAAGAAAAACCUGCAAUCGCUAAACAUGUUCGCCAUGUUCAUGUUCGACGAGGAUACCGUUGCCGUUCCCAAGGAGAGCGCGCUUUUCGCCGAAGUCAAUGCUACGGAUGGUACUGUGACGCCAUUGCAGGAGCGACCGAUUUACAAGGAAGAUUGGCUGGGUCUGAAGAAGUUGGAUGAUCAGGGUAAAUUGCAUUUCAAGUCUGCGCCUGGUCAACAUAUGCAGUUGACGGAGGAGUUGUUGAAGAAAACAUUCAAGGAGUAUUUCGGUCCUAUCCAGGAUGAGGAGUCUACUUCGCUUCCGAGACUUGUUGCGCAGCCGGGCUUCUGA